CCUCAGGAGCCCACGUGAUUAGCUCAGUGUGCUAAGUGCCCCAAACUGCUCCUGUCUGCUCCUGUCUGCUCCUGUCUGCUCCUGUCUGCUCCUGUCUGUCCCGGAGUCUGAAACAUGGAGACACAAGUGAAGCUGGAGGAAGAGACGGAGCUGUGGGAGCCCCGGGGCCCCGCGGAGGAGCGGAGGGGGCUCAGGGGCCCCGCGGAGGAGCAGCGCAGGGGCCCCGCGGAGGAGCGGAGGGGCCCCGGUGCGGACAGGACACGUUGGGAGCCGCUCGGUCUCAAAGAGGAGCCGGAGUCGAGCGUCAAACAGGAGCCCCAGGACUUCCCUUUCCACAUGGUCACGGUCAAAACCGAAGAAGAAGAAGACGACGAAGACAAGUCCUCUGCGCUUCACCAAACGGCGUCCGAGGAGCCCAGAGAGGAACCCAACGGAGAGUGUGGAGCCGACAGUGAGGAGCAGACGGACAGCUCUGAGGACACUGACCGCUCAGAAGACUACAGUCCAGACCAGGCUCCGGCCUCCAGACGCUUCACUCAGACUCCCCGACACACGUCCGGAGCCCCGAGGUCCGGAGCCCCGAGGUCCGGAGCCCCGAGGUCCGGAGCCCCGAGGUCCGGAGCCCCGAGGUCCGGAGCCCCGAGGUCCGGAGCCCCGAGGCCCGGCGCCGGAAAGACCUCGGUGCCUCAGACGGAGAGACCUCACAAAUGUUCCGUUUGCGAGCGACGGUUUAAAGAAAAACCGGCUCUGACUCGACACGAGCGUCACCGUCACCACGUGUGUCCCCUGUGCCCCAAACGCUACACCAACAAAACCAAACUGACGGCUCAUCUGAGUCACCACGUGGACGAAGGCGCCGCCGACCGCUCCAUCCUGGAGGAGGACGGCCUCAGACCUUACGGCUGUUCUCAGUGCGGGAAGGCGUUCGCGCGAAAGGCUCACCUGGGGCGACACAUGAUCGUGCACCGAGCCGAGACGCGCUACAAGUGCUCGGUGUGCGAGCGCGACUUCAAACUGAUGACGCGGCUGCGCGAGCACAUGCGCACGCACACCGGAGAGAAACCCUUCGUGUGUCCCGUGUGCGGGAAGUGCUUUGCUCAGAUCUCCACUCUGUCCCGACACCAGAAGCACAUCCACCACAUGUGCCCCGUGUGCAAAGGCAUCUUCUCCGACAUGACCGAGCUGAACCAGCACCUGAAGAGUCACCUGGACGACGGGACCCUGGACCAGUCGCUCCUGGAGAGGAAGACCAUCAAACUGUGCAGGUGCUCUCUGUGUGGGAAGGAGUGUAAGAACAAGUCCAACCUGCAGAGGCACAUGUUCGUCCACACAGGUGAGAAACCCUUCAGCUGUUCGGUCUGCGACGAGGGGUUUCUGUGUAAGUUUGAAGUGAACCAGCACCUCCGGUUCGUCCACCACGUCUGCCCCGUGUGCAAGGAGGAGUUUGAGAGCGACGCUCAUUUAACGGCUCAUCUGAGGAGCCACGUGGAGGACGGGAGUCUGGACCCGGAGCUCAUCGAGAGAGUCAACAGGAAACCUUACAGCUGCUCCAUGUGCGGGAAGGAGUUUAACUGCAAGACUGCUUUUCGGAGACACAUUUUGGUUCACUCCGGGGAGAGACCUUUCAGCUGUCCGGUUUGUGAGAAGACGUUUACGCAGAAAGGAACUCUGAAAACGCACCAGAAGAUCCACUCUGGGGACAGACCUUUCGUGUGCUCAGUCUGCGAGAAAAGUUUUGUGACGAACUCUCAUCUAAAGACUCACCUGAGGAGCCACGCCGAGAGCGCCGCCGCCGUCUUCACCGACCAGCCCUGAGUCCCCAACCGGGCCGGGUCCGAGGAGCCGGUCCCGGUCCGGGUCCGAGGAGCAGACUCUAGACCAAAGAGGAAGACUCGCCCACUGUGACGCCCACACGGACCAGCUCCAUGUUCUCCACGAGUCACAAGAAGAAUCAGCAGCGUCAGAGCCGAUUCACACACUCAGACCUGGUUCAGACCUGGUUCAGACCUGGUUUAGUCCUGGUUUAGUCCUGGUUUAGUCCUGGUCUAGUCCUGGUUUAGACCUGGUUUAGUCCUGGUCUAGUCCUGGUCUAGUCCUGGUCUAGUCCUGGUUUAGACCUGGUUUAGUUCUGGUUUAGUCCUGGUCUAGUCCUGGUUUAUACCUGGUUUAGACCUGGUUUAGACCUGGUUUAGUCCUGGUUUAGUCCUGGUUUAGUCCU